AUGGAUUUUACCGGCAAAAUUGCUAUCGUAACCGGCGCUAGUUCCGGCAUCGGUGCAGCAACUGCCAAGUUGUUUUCUCAACAUGGAGCUACACUGGCGCUAGUGGGACGUAAUGAAGCAAGAUUACUCGAAGUAGCAAACAAGUGUGAAGCGGCGAAAGGAAUACGACCCUUAUGCCUGCUGUACGACUUGACAGUCGACGCAAAUUGCGAUGAAAUCGUCAGAAAAAUUGUGGACACUUUUGGAAGAAUAGACGUGCUCGUGAACUGUGCUGGGAAGGCGAGUGUUACGUCGUUGUUUGAUAAUACAAUGGAAAUAUUCGAUGAUCUUCUCGCCUUGCAUCUUCGUGUACCUUACAAAAUGACUCAGUUGUGUACGCCACAUUUGAAGAAGACUAAAGGAAAUAUCGUGAAUGUUUUUGGAGCACCGGCGAAAGUCAAACCUGGAUUUCUACAUUUCGCUAUAGUGAGAGAUGCUAUGCAGAGAUUUACAAAAGCAGGCGCACUGGAACUAGUAAGUGAAGGGAUCAGAAUGAAUGCAGUUCGUCCGGGGCUGACAAGAACUAAUAUUUUAUCGAAUUUGAAUGUACCAGAGAGUGACAUGGCACAUGUAUAUGAGAAACUAGCUCAGACAGUACCUAAUAAUGUUAUUAUAGAGCCAGAAGAAGUUGCUAAAAUGAUAGUGUUUGUUGCAAGUGACAUUAAUCCUAAUUUAACUGGUGCUAACAUAGUUAUUGAUGGAGCGGCAUCCGGGAGUGUUUAG